UUUUGUACAGGUAACCAGGUUCAUGCUAACAUUCUGCUUUUGGCCUACAAAACUGCAUCAUGAUGCAUCACUUCCUGUUGACAGUUUACCCGUUUGAGUUCCAGGAACUGCUGGAUGUUGGUCCUGCUUGUGUAAAUCACAUUGAACAUGUUGUUCUCGAGAUGGUGGGCAUGACCUGAUGGUUUCAAUGCUCCUUGUUUCCAAUCAGAGUGUUCCUACCACAAGCCACUGGGGUUUGAGUCCGGGUCAGUGAUGGCGGAGCAGCUUACCUGUUCAAACCAGGAUCAGUACGUGGGCUGGUUCUCCUCAUGGACCCCAAAUAAAGCCCGACUGAACAGUCAAGGGUUUGGCUGUGCUUGGCUGUCUAAAUUCCAGGACACGAAUCAGUGGCUUCAGAUCGACCUCCAGGAGGUGCGGGUGGUCUCGGGUAUCCUGGCUCAGGGCCGCUGUGAUGCUGACGAAUGGACAACGAAAUACAGCCUGCAGUACCGAACCCAAGAAAACCUCAACUGGAUCUAUUACAAAGACCAGACCGGGAAUAACAGGGUGUUUUAUGGAAACACGGACCGAUCCUCCGCGGUCCAGAACCUGCUGCGUCCGCCCAUCGUAGCGCGGUACCUGCGGAUCCUGCCUCUGGGCUGGCACACGCGCAUCGCCCUACGCCUGGAGCUGCUCAUGUGCAUGAACAAAUGCGUCACGGGUUAAGAACAGCUUUAGGUACUACAGCAAAAUAUGUGACCCUGUCUGUAAAAUCCAGGCUAAAGUCUCAAAAUCUAAUUUUGAGAUAAC